CCACUCCACCCCCUUCUUAUAAAACAUCCACACCCUUCUAAUUUUUAAUCCACCAUAAUUCUCUUCUUCUUUCUCUCUCUGAAACACGGUACACAACAACAACAAAAAAACACUCUCUCAUGGAGUUGCUCUAUCUACUAUACCUGAUUCCAACGUUGUACUCAUGUUUCCUCAUAUGGAAAAUGUUGGAGGAGAGACGCGACAGAGAGUGUUACAUCUUGAACUACCAAUGCUACAAGCCCCCCAACGACCGAAUGCUGGACACCGAGUUCUGUGGGAAACUCAUCAAACGCUGCGAAAACCUGGGACCCAACGAGUACCGUUUUCUGUUGAAGGCCAUCGUCAGCUCCGGCAUCGGCGAACAGACUUACGCGCCAAGAAACAUCUUCGAGGGCAGAGAGGGAGCGCCCACAUUGCGCGACGGCAUCGAAGAGAUGGAAGAGUUCUUCAGCGACGCCAUCGGGAAGCUUCUGGCGAAAUCGAAAGUCUCCCCCUCCGAGAUCGACGUCCUCGUCGUCAACAUCUCCAUGCUCGCCGCCGUCCCGUCGCUCUCCUCGCGCAUCAUCAACCGCUACAAGCUCCGCCACGACGUGAAGGUGUACAACCUCACCGGCAUGGGUUGCAGCGCCAGCCUCAUCUCCAUGGACAUUGUGAAGAACAUCUUCAAGACGCAGAGGAACAAGCUGGCGCUGCUGAUCACCUCGGAGUCCCUCAGCCCCAACUGGUACACCGGCAACGACAGAUCCAUGAUCCUCGCCAACUGCCUGUUCCGCAUCGGCGGCUGCGCGGUUCUCCUGACCAACAAACGCUCCUUGAAGGACCGAGCCAUGCUGCGGUUGAAGUGCCUGGUGAGGACGCACCACGGUGCCAGAGAAGAGGCUUACGGUUGUUGUAUUCAGCGCGAAGACGACCAGGGGAAGCUAGGGUUUCACCUCGGGAAGAAUCUCCCCAAAGCUGCCACCCGAGCCUUCGUCGAUAAUCUUCGAGUCAUGGCACCCAAGAUAUUACCCGUGCGCGAGUUGCUCAGGUUUCUGUUCGUGUCGCUGAUAAAAAAAGUCAACAAGAACAACACCCCGAAGUCUGCGAGCACCGGAGCUACAAAAUCUCCGUUGAACUUCCGAACAGGGGUGGAUCAUUUCUGCUUGCAUACCGGGGGAAAAGCCGUGAUCGACGGCAUUGGGCUGAGCUUGGAUCUGAGCGAGUACGACCUUGAACCGGCGAGGAUGACGCUGCACCGGUUCGGGAACACGUCGGCGAGUAGCCUGUGGUACGUGUUGUCGUACAUGGAAGCGAAAAAGAGGUUGAAGAAGGGUGACACGGUGUUCAUGAUAAGCUUUGGUGCAGGCUUUAAAUGCAACAGCUGUUUGUGGGAGGUGAUGAAGGACCUGGGUGACCCAAAUGUGUGGGACGAUUGCAUUGAUGACUACCCUCCGGAGUCACUGGACAACCCCUUCAUGAGGACCUAUGGUUGGAUCAACGAGGUUGAAGACCCCUACACUUACGAAAAUAUCCCUGAUUUUCUCAAGUGAUUAAGGAAACCAAAAAUUAACAGCGCAAGAAGAAGAAGAAGAAGAAGGGACCCUCUUCCUUCUCCUUACAGGUGCAUUCAUGUAAUUGUGCAUUCAAUUUUUCUGUAAACUAUACACUUAUUAUUGUUGAACCCAGGCCUCUAGGGUUCAUUACCCAAUAACAUGUGCUGCUUCUAACACCGCUCAAGAAGUUAGCCACACUGUCAGAAGGGUACUAUGCUUUUUUUUUUUUCUUUCUUUUAAUUACUUUUACUUUGGUUUGCAUUAUUUGUUUAAAAUGUGUUAUAAUAACCCGUUUCUUUUUUUCUUUCACAGAAAAUGUAAUAGGUUAAUUUUGUUAGCUCUUUGUUAAUUAAUUAGAUUGUGCGUUUUAUCUA